UGGGCGGAGAAAAGGCGGAGCCGACCAGCGAGGCAUGGGACUGGGAGGUGCAGUCGUGCGUAGAGCCUAGUUGAACUGUUUUGUUCCUUUCCGCUCUCCGUGUGAAGACCUGGGCGGAGAGGGUCACAGAUAUGGCGGCCUUUAGGAUGAGAAAGCUGACAACCAUGCCAGUAGGUCUAAUAUGUGCAUCUGUAAGUGUGCAUGUGGCCAAAGAAGAGGAAUCCAGAAAGCAGCUAGUGAAACCAGAGCAGCUCCCUAUAUAUACUGCACCACCUCUUCAGUCUAAAUAUGUUGAAGAACAGCCUGGUCGUUUACAAGUGGGCUUUGCAUCCAUUCGCACUACAACUGGUCGUUAUCUUGGCUGGUGCAAGAGUGCUUAUGUCUUCAUGAAAAAUGGGAUAAAGGAUGCAGUACAAUUUGGAAAAGAUGCGUAUGUCUAUUUGAAGAAUCCACCUCGAGACUUUCUGCCAAAAAUUGGAGUAAUUACAGUUUCAGGAUUGGCAGGCUUUGUUUCAGCGAGAAAAGGUUCUAGGUUUAAGAAAAUUGCUUAUCCACUGGGACUGGCCACUAUAGGAGCAACUGUUUGCUACCCUGUUCAAUCAGUAAUAAUUGCAAAGGUAACUGGGAAAAAGGCAUAUACUACAAGCCAGGAAAUUUAUGAAGCAGUUAAAUCAUUGUGGACAAAUAACAGCAAAAAAGAGUCACUUCCUGAACCUAAAGAAAAAACUAAGCUGGGAAACUCUGCCAAAAUAGCAAUACCUGCAAAAACAGCUCAGAACCUGAAACAGUCAGUGCCUUUGCCAACAGAACUCAGCUCUGAAACAAAGACCAAAUCAGAAUCCACCUCAGGUGCUACACAGUUUUUGCUUGACCCCAAGCUCAUAGAUCAUGGGCAGUCCCAUCCAGAAGAUGCAGAUAUGUACAGCACGAGAAGCUGAAAUAGUCUGCACAGAGAACCACGAGAUGUAUGAAGUUGCAAAAAACGAUGGAAAAAAUCAUGUAAUGGGUAACCGUGAUGCAUAGAGUAUACAAAAAGUUUUCCCCUUACAUCUUCUAAUGUAUAGUUUGAGGAAUCACACAAGUGAUUAAAACACAAACUGUGAUUACAAUCCAAACAAUAUCAAAUGAUCGAUGAGAAGGUAGAUAGAUGUAGAAAUAUUAGGAUGCAUUUGAUGACUUUUAAGGGUGUUUAUUAAAAAAAUAAGGAGUAAAUGUAUGAACACUGAUGACACUAAAAUCUGAGAAAAUAUGUAUGUGUAUAUAUAAGUAUUUAUAUAUAUAUACACAUAUAUAUUUGCUUUUCCUUUUUCUGAAUUAAUGUCAGCUAAAUAGGAAUGGUGCCUGGAAGGAUGUGUUCCCUUCUCAGCUUUCAUUUUUCAUUUCCUGGAGCUGUAAUAAAAUAUCCAUAUUUUAUCACACUUGAA